AUGAUGCCGUUCUCUCAGGAUUACAAACGUCUGAACGACUUCGACCAGGGACCAAACACAGGUGGCAUGGGUGCCAUUUGUCCAUACCUUCACCUAAAGGAACGAGAGACAGAGUUCAUCAAGCAAGGCAUUAUGCAAAAGGUGAUUGACGGCUUGAAAAGUCGAGGCAUAAUUUAUAAAGGUGUUUUGUAUGCCGGCCUCAUGUUUACUGAAGAGGGCAUGAAGGUGUUGGAAUUCAAUUGCCGCUUUGGGGAUCCGGAAUGCGAGGUUGUACUGCCGCUCCUACGAACCGAUCUGUAUGAUAUUUGCUAUAACUGCGCCAAAGGUAGCCUCCGUUCUGUGGAAAUUUCAUGGGCAACCAAUGAGUUUGCGUGCGCUACUAUGAUGAUAAGCAAAGGCUAUCCGGGUCAUUAUGAAAUUGGCUACCCUAUUGUAGGUAUGCACAUUUCAGCUAUGACAAAAAUUGUAACCAUUAAUGAUUUAUUCUUGACUCCAUCAACAACCUGUUUAAUCUUUGAUCUUUUUUAAUG